CCAGGGUUGUAUGAAUGCAAUUAAUAUUGAUAGAGUUGAAAUACAUGAAGUGAUGUCUCACCAAAGCACCAUGAGGUUAAAGAAAAUACCCAUUAUCUCAAGCAAGCCUGUUUUGGUAUUUUUACAAAAUACGGAACACCAACUUUAUUGUCUCUUCCUGUACGUGAGGUGUUAUGCAGUGAAGGACAGCCCUACUUUUCUCAAGUCAUUGCUUUGUUCGACCUUUGGGAGAGCAGCGAGCAUGUUUUGACUGGACUCAGUCAGAAAAGUAAUAGGUCCGGCCUUAAUAUAUAUAACUUACCAGAUAGAGGUUAGCUUUAAUGGUGGGUAGAACAGCCUAACUUGCUAUCAUCAGAGGUUCGUAUCACGCCAGACUUCAGAAGAAGAAGCAAAAUCAAGAGAUGAGAGGCUUUGAGAGGAGAGGAGUGAGGCAGUACAACAGAUCGAAAGCCCCUCGUUUGCGAUGGACCGAGGAGCUCCACCGCCGCUUCGUCGAAGCUAUCGAUCGCCUUGGAGGACAGAACAAGGCAACACCAAAGCGUAUUUUACAAUUGAUGGGAGAGAAAGGACUGAACGUAUUCCAUGUUAAAAGUCAUCUACAGAUGUACAGAAGCGUGAGCAACCAUGCCAACCAUUGUAACUUCCUAUCCACAAAGGAUCUGAACAAGCAAAAGGUGGUACAGCAAGGCAAUGCUAAUGCAUAUAAUUCAAGUAAUUGUGAAGAUUCACAUCUAAACUGCACCCUCAGUCACAUCCACUCGUUUCACAUACCAUCAUUUGAAGAAGUGAUGAGAGAAUGGGCAACCAAGAACGGAGUUUAUGAUUCAAUAAUUGGCUUCAGACAAGCAAAAGAUGCAGCGAGCCAUCACAACCAGUUGAUUCAGCCGAGCCAUCCUCGUGAAAUGCAAGAGAAAGGCGGAUGGGAGUUCCUGAUGGGAACUUGUCCAAUGUUCAAACCUGCAUGGCGGCAGUCAGAUCAUGUCUUUCAGACAGAAAUGCCUGAGAGAAAAAUAGACUGCGAGCUAAAUCUUUCAUCCUUCAACUAUCAGAUGCGGAGGGGUGGGGAAGAAACAAGUGAGAUGGGAUCGAGCAUCGAGUUCGAUACAAGCGGAGAGGUUCCCAUGUCGAAAUACACAAGCCAUGACUAUCCUAUUGCCUGCAGAAUUCCAGUUGAGAAGAGCCACUUGAACUUAGAACUGACAAUCUCAUCACCUAACUGUUCUGUGUCAUGUUCUGCAAGGAAGGAUUGAAGUUGACAGAUAGUUGAAGACCUGCUGUGUAAAAUUGGAUGGAGUGACAUUGGUAGGAAGCAAAUGAAAGUUCCCCCUGCGUUAUGUAGUUGGAUAGAGUGAGGAAGCAAAUGAGAGUUCCUAGCAUGUGAGUUAAUAGCAGAAUAUUUGGAUCUGUAUGCCUCUGUUGUUUAUAUCAAUCACAAGGCUUCUAUAUCUACAUCAAUCAUAGGAUAAGGAUGAAUGCAGAACAAACUAA